AUAAGGGCAAAAAUGGCCGCUUCAGUGAAAUCCAGUCCCAAUACUCCCCAGUUCGGCAGCAAUGAUCGAACCCCAACGAUCGAGACUCAAAAAAUGUCUCAAUACGAGCAGUCCAGAGAGCAAAGAAUCAGAGAAAACCGAGAGAGAUUGGAAAAGCUAGGUAUUGCAGAUCUUUCCCUCAAGCUCAAGGCCCAGACAUCUCAACGGCGCACCCGAUUAGACCCGUCGCACUGUAAAUCCCCUCAGCGAGCAUCUGCUCCGAAGCCAUCCGGACCUCUUCGCCGCUCUUCCAGAUUGCAGAACGUGAUACCAGUGAGUUACUCAGAGGUGCACCCAAAGAAUGAUGAAUCUCUGGAAAAUGGAAAGUUUGUGACAGAUCCAGAUUCAAAGCCAGAAAUUUACACCGAAGAACACGAGAAGCUGCUCGGUAACACGGAGAAGCCCUGGACAUUGUUCGUGGAUGGGUAUGGGAAGGAUGGGAAACGAAUUUAUGAUUCCAUCAACGGGAAAACUUGCCAUCAGUGCAGGCAAAAAACCCUGGGCUAUCGUACCCAGUGUAGCCAAUGCAACAUGGUCCAGGGGCAAUUUUGUGGAGAUUGCUUGUACAUGAGGUAUGGGGAGCAUGUACUUGAAGCCCUGCAUAAUCCAAGUUGGAUAUGUCCUGUUUGUCGUGGAAUUUGCAACUGCAGUUUAUGCCGUCAAGCCAAAGGAUGGCCCCCCACUGGCUAUCUUUAUAGGAAGGUAUCGGCAUUGGGCUACAAAUCAGUUGCACACUUUCUCAUUCAAACCCGUCGCGGUGGUGCAAAUGUGGAGAAAGAUGCAGAUGAUUCCGUCCCAGUUUCAGCAGAGAAGUCACCACCCGUUUCAGACGUAGGAGGGUUAUCUAAUGAGUCUCUUGAGGUCAAUGAAAAUAAUUGUGUUGGCCCAUUGAAACCUCAAUCUGAAGAUGAUGGAGGUCAAGUUUCUGCUAAGAGAUCAUUGCUUUUUUCUGAUGUGCAAGAUCAGCAUGACAAGGGUGAAUGCUUGGAUACUGUGAAACAUCAAUCGGGAAAUGAUAGAGGACAAGUUUCAGCAAAGAGAUCAUUGCCUUUUUCUGAUGUGCAGGAUCAGGAUGGAAAGGUUGCCUGCUUGGAUUCAGUGAUCGCAAGUGCUUCUUCUACCGAAGUGAAAGACUGUAUUGCUAGAAGACUUAGGCCCAGGGUUCAAAGAUCGUGAAUUUGGAGGGACCCUUUUUCUUUGUUCGCUAAACUAGGGUUAUUUUGGAAAUUAAGUACGCUUAAUUUCCAAGAAAUGGGGCACAUUUUUGUGGUUUUAUCGCCAAACUUGGUCGAUAUGGAAGUGUACCAUCUCUUUUGUGGACUGGAAAUUAAGUGCACUUAAUUUCCAAGAAAUGGGGCACAUUUUUGUGGUUUUAUCGCCAAACUUGGUCGAUAUGGAAGUGUACCAUUUCUUUUGUUGAAUUAGAAGGGUUAUCUUUCUGUGAUUAGCUCAACUUUCUCUCCCCAUGUAUAUGUUGAAGACGAAUCAGGAACAAAAUGGAAGAUGAUUCUCAGUUGUUCAUUAACCUUAA